CCAAAAUUGGAUUCAUCGAAAGUUAAUAAAUCAAAUCUCAUUUUGUUUUUUCAAAUGUGCCUUUCAUCAUCUAUUCUAAUAAUUAGUUUGUCACACUUAAUAAAAGAAAAAAAGAAAAAAAAAGUUAUAAAUUGAGAAGCAACUAAUUAGUUGAGACCAUCAAGAACAAAACUAUACUACCACUAUAUUGGGUAAAGGCCGCAAAGGCAGGCAAUACCAUGGGAAUUGAUUGUUUAGCAAAAUUAGAAGUUCCUAUUAUAAAAUUGUCCAACGUUGAUAAAAAAGAUGAUGAUAGUGAUCCUGAAAGCAGAAAAUUAUGGUUAGAAAGAAGCAAGCAAGUGAGAGAUGCUCUUGAAGAAUAUGGGUGUUUUUUAGGUGAGUAUGACGAUGAUGAGAGUAGCUGCAGUUGUAAUUCAUCUUCAUCACCAAAGCUUAAUAGUAAUAAUUAUGAAGAAAUUUUCAAGGGAUUGAAAGAGCUUUUUGAUUUGCCAUUAGAAACUAAAAUAAAGAAUGUUUCUGAUAAGCCAUACCAUGGAUUUUUGGACUGUAGAACUCCCUUUGUUCUUCCUCUUCAUCAAAGCCUCGGUAUUGAAAAUGCUUCAUCUUACGAAGCUGUUCAGUUUUUUGUCAACCUCUUAUGGCCUUCUGGCAAUCAUCACUUCUGUGAAAAAUUAUUUGCAUACUCAAAGAAGAUAUCAGAGAUGGAGCAAUUAGUAAAGAGGAUGGUAUUUGAAAGCUAUGGAGUGGGAAAAUACUAUGAUUCUCAUAUUGCUUCAACCACUUAUCUCCUAAGAACAAUGAAAUAUAGAAUUCCAAAAAUGGGUGAAGAGAAUAUUGGUGCAGAAGCUCACACUGACAAAAGUUUCUUCACUAUUCUUCAUCAAUUUGAUGGAGUCAAUGGCUUGCAAAUCAAACCAAAAAAUUAUGAUCAAUGGCUUGGAGUUCAAUUCUCUCCAAAUUCCUUCUUGGUCAUGGCUGGAGAUGCUUGUUUGGCAUGGAGCAAUGGGAGAAUUCACUCAGCCACUCAUAGAGUUAUAAUUGAGGGAAACAAAGAGAGAUAUUCAACUGGCCUAUUUUCAUACCACAAAGGAAUUAUUGAAAUUCCACAAGAAUUGGUGGAUGAGAAACAUCCCUUGAGAUUUAACCCUUUUAACCAUUAUGGAUUACUUGGUUAUUUUUCCACUGAUGAUUGUGACAAAAUCCCUUCAACUGCCAAUGCUUAUUGUGGAGUUUGAGACACUUUAUAAUAUGCCAAUUGAUAUUAUAUAUAUAAAUGUAUGCUUUGUUGGUGAAAAAUAUUAAUGAAUUUUUAUUAUAAGCUCACUUACGUCACUAAAUAAAUAAUUAUAUUUUUCUUAUAUUGUGGCGAACUUUAAUUUUAUUUUCAAAUAGAAUUUUGUAAAGCUUUAUAGUUUUGUGUACUCAAA